ACCCGAAACUUCCUAUACAUAUAAAUUCAAAGUUUUUCCAACUUUUAGGCACCAGAAAGCAAAGAUUCAGUCGCCCCAUUUAGUUCAAAUUACAGAUCUAUAUAUUAAAGAUACAGUAAGAGGAGAAACCAUUCCUUUUGCCCUACUUUAUUCAUAGAAUCUGUAAUUUAAAUCAAAUGUACGGCGGUUCGCAGUGACAUAACUAUUAAUGCUGUCUUCACAAAGUGCAUUCGUGCUUUUGUAACAUGGACAAAACCAUGGAGCGAUACGGGGAUUCCUCGAUGGAAAUGAAGUAUCCAAAAUGCCAAGCUUUAGCGAAAGUAAGCUCUGUGCCUGGAAGAGUUUCUCCUCGAACGGUUUCAAGGAAAAACGGCGUGUAAAGGGAUGUGUUGCAAUAGUAACUCUUUGACAAGCCAAGGGAGCCAAAGAAAAAAGAGACUUACGAUAAAGUCAGGAGAACUGACGUCUGCGGUAAACUUUAAUUCAUCUGCUUGCUCAACGAUGAAGUUGUAUCAAACUAGGAUAUCGCAAAACAAUAAAACACCUCCAGAAGCAAACAAAAAGAAUAAAAGAGGUCCUAAGCCAAAACCAGAAUUAAAGCAGGGCCAAAGGGCGCUUGUAAAGGCCAAGCCGAAACGUAUAAAAACAAUAGGUAGAAAGUUUACUGCAAGGUCAACAGCUGGACAUAUUGAACAACCCCCUGAUGAUGAUGAUGGUAUUUGGUUCGAAUGCAAUGUACCAUUUCGUGUAAAUAUUCCGUUUCCUAUUAGUAUGAAAAAUCUGUUUGGACCCCAGUUAUUUUCAGGCAAUACCAAUUUAGAGAUAUUUAAGACCCUAGUCCCAACAAGAAAGUGUCAGGGAGAUAGGAGAACGGAGUGCCCUUUGAACUUUUCAAUGCGCCCUGCCUUACCUCCCCCAGACCUAGAAGUUAAUACAACUUGCCCCAAAGCAACAAAAUUCUCAAGGAAGAAGUGCAGACGAGGAAGAAAGCACUGUCCGUGUGAGAUAUCCACUCAAACGACUGACGAGGAAUCCGAUCCUGUCCUAUGCUGUCUGGAGCAAAUCAGAAACCAACUAGCUGACAAUUCUUCUGAGAAGCAAGAGAAAAGCAUUUAUCGCUGCUUUGCAGAGAAGUCUACGAGUGCUAGAAGUAUUCCGAAGCAUACUAACAAAACUGAUAUGGAAAAGAUAAAGGAAUCCCCCUCAAAAGAGACCCCUCAAGAGCAAAAUGAUAAAAACGGGAUGCACAUGUCUCAUCCCGAAAGUGUCCAGAAAAUUUUACCAACGACUCUGGCGCAAUCAAAUCCUAAGAUUGAGAAAUUAGAGAGCGAAAAAUGUUUAUCUAAAAAUCCGUCAAAAACGGACUCUGUACCCUCGACAUCUUCCAUAAAAUCUUCAAAAAAAGUCCACGUGAAAAACAAACCGAUUUCUGAAUCAAAUGAGAAGGAUGUAGAGGAGCCCAGAGAGCCAGAGAAAGAAAAGGACUUAAAUAGUUAUCGCAAAACAGUCCCAAAGUCGGCCUUUUGCUUCUGUCGGCUGUCACAAGUUCUUCACAAAUGCACAAGAAUAAUGAUCCCCUGCUCAGUGUGCCAAUGUCACUGUUUGAACAGAUCUCAUAUGUCGAGAAGGCCAUAUCCUAGGGAUCCCCAACAGCAACAACAACGAAAUGCAAGCCAACUGCCUUCUACAACUACGUUUAAAAGGGAAGAAGUUGAUAUCAAAUCAAAUGCUAUUAAUACUAUCCAAGAAAUUGCAUUGCCAAAAAUUAAUAACCAGAAGGAUUUAAAUCCUAAGUCAAGCCAUUUUGAGGACCAAAUACCACAUGUCGGUACAGAUGAUCAAAAGAAUAUCAUAAAGCGCGUACCGGAACCGUCUAAUCAAAUAUCGCAAGAUAAUAAAUGUAAUAAAGACAGCAAGCCUAAAGAUGGAUAUCCUGAAUACCACGACGAUGAUGAAUCUUUGAGCAGGGAAAAAAUUAAGCCUCAACACAAGGCUCAACGUAAUACCCCAAGUGAUAGGGAGAAUUAUCCAGAAGUUUCAUCCAAGCAUCUAGGCCCAAAGAAUUCUUUUAAAAAAAGGAACACAGAUAUUAGCACCAACGAGUCUAACUUAUCAUUUAAAAUAUCUCACAGGAGUCCUAAAAAUAUAAACUCAAAGUACAGUUCGAAAUCUGAAAAAUCAUUAGAUGGUGCUAAAUCGAAGAAACAAACAUCGCAAAGAAAUCCAACCAGGGACAAAAAGAACAAACACACAAAUAAUCGAAUAAGUUCUGGCGGCGAAACAAUUCCCGAAGAAUCGACAAAUUUUGGUAAAGGCUGUAAAAACAAUCAAGUAUGCGAGAUAGAAUCAGACUAUGAUAUCGGAAGUAAUACCAGCACAAAUUCAGGAAGACAGGAAAUAGUAAAGGAACCCGAAGAAAAGAUAGUUAAUAAUCCAUAUCGACGCAAUAAAAAGGAUUUUGCAGACAUGAACAAGAACUCUAAAUACCUUGAAAGUGAACAGGAAAAUUUUAAAGAAUCAUUAAGUGUUGACCAGGAAAUUAAUGAAGUUAGGGAAUGUUCGGACCAAAUCUAUCGGAAAUCUGAUGAAACGAAUACCUUAGGAAACUAUUCAAACAACAGAGAGUAUAAUUCAUACUGUGAGGUGGGCGAGCGUUCCGAGGAGUGUGUGCCUAAGACCUCAGAAAGCGAGUUUAAACAUCAAAUAAACCAUUUUCCUUAUCGGUGUUAUUUCAAAAAUAGGGAAUACUUUAGGCAGCGCUCACAAUCAGCUCCUGAAUGUUGGAUACUUCAGUGCUCCCAAAGAAAUCAGACGCCACAGUCCCCAACAUUUACACCCAGAAAGGAAAAUUGCCAAGAAUACGCCACAUAUCCUGAAAACGUGCUUGUCCUUCAGGAUGAAUCUUGCGAAAGCGAAUCAAAUGAGUGUGUGCUGGUAUUGGACGACAAUGAAACUGCAAAUUCGAAGUGUUGUGCUUGCAAAACUCCGGAUUAUAGUAUCAAUGCCGACAUACUGAAGCAGCUCAGGGAGCAGGAACGGCUUUUUAAUCAAAUUCAGGAUAUUACCUUUGUUCCCACAGACCAUCAGGGUCCAGUUGGCUUUGCAACUUCACCGCAAGAACAAGAAAGAGAUAAUACGCCGUUAGUGACGGUUCCUUAUCGUAAUAUUUCCCGACCGAACGAAUGGAGAGACCAAGGGGGGAACUUCGCCAAGCUUAAACGGAACCAAUUUCGAGUGGCACCAAUAAGUCAGGUUCCGCCUCAAAAUUCAGAAAAUGCCAAAAAGAUGAAAUUAACUAGGGAAACAAACUCAAACACUUCAUUUAGCCAAUUGGAAGUUAAUUAUCCCUCAACUUCUUCUUCUUUUAGACCAAAUACACAUUUACAAGACCGCAGAAGUACUAAGGGAUAUCGAAAAAAUAUGGUUAAAAAACGAAACAAUUUUCCGAAAUCAAGUUGUGCACAAUCCCGCAAGUGUCAGCACCAGACUUUCCAUACCAUUUCUCAAGGCAGCGCUGUUUCUGCAUCUCACCAUUCACCUCUAUCCCAAUCUAACACAUCGAUAGAAAGUAGAGAUAGACCAAAGACCCCAGAAAAUGCAUCUUACACUAGACUUAGACCCCAGAUUAACUCAAAUGAUCCCUCAAAUUCGAUUAGACGCACUUUGAGUAAUCGGCAACCUAAAGACAGCCAAGCUUCACAUUUCGAAGAUAAGAAUAAGAAACCCAGGAACGAUGAUUAUGGACAAAAUGGUUUUAGAUAUGAAAGGAAUAACGAAGAUAGUUUUGGAACAACUGGAAGAUCUGAAUACUAUGCAACCCGGUCAAAUCCUCCAGGCUUAACUUGGACUGAGCCAUAUGGAUCUGCCAGUUCGGUCAUGCCCUUAGAUGCACCUGCUCUAAGCAAAUGCAUCAUUCGGUCAAAUGGUACGGUGAGAUCUACUGAUGUGGAAACCCUGCAAACGGUUACCCUAAUGGAACCACGAAAACUUCGUGACACCGAAAGUGCCAGGAUCAGAAGCCAGGCCACGGGCUUGGAAAACACCGUUCUUAUCGAGACAAGAACGCCCUGCAACAGGGAAAAUCUGUUACAAACCUGCGGACGACCUCCUUGCAUCUUCCGUACUCAGCAAUAUACGGGGAUUCCUCCGAGUCUGCACCAAGGAUUUGUAAUAUCAAAGCCGCCAGCGCACACGAUACAACCGCAAACCUCUAUGAGUGCUCCACAGUAUAGAACACCUUUUAAUGACAAUUGCCUAAUAGAGCCAAGGGAUCAGUGGAGUACUGUUAGGUCGCCAGCCUCAGCCCCAGUGAUGAAUUCUCGAUUUCAGCAGCAUCAGCAUCCGACGAAUUUCCAUCAGCCAACUAAUGGUACAUACCACCAUUUUCUGGAGCAAGUCCAUCCCCCAGCUGUAGGUUCCAAUGGGUUCAACAAUCCUGGCUACUAUUCUCAAAAUUUGAAAGAAAACAUAAAAAUGCUUCCGGAGGGAUUCUAUGAGCGAACCGUCAAUAAAUAUAACAUAACGCGAAUGGAUUCGAACUUUCAGCCGCCGCAUUUGAUGCCGGAAUUUCUUCAGGAACAGCAGCAACCUUUUUUCAGACACACAGCUAGCCCACAUACCAAUCAAUUUCAUCAGCAGAGGGUAGUUGGAACCGCUCAAGACCUUUAUCGUCCCUUUAUUCCGCCGCAGACCCCAUACAAUGAAGAGCUCCAAAGUCACCCCUCGUUGUUCUGCCCGCACCAAAGUGUAAAAUUGGAUGACUAUGAUCAAUCGGAGUACCAAAUUUAAUCCCUAAAUUUAAAUAAUCGCAUUAUUUCUCUAA